AUGGAAUCUCCUAUUACUAAAGAGACGAAACGAGCCGACGAAGCAGGACCGACGAAAGAAAUCUCCGCUAUUUCGCUGCAAAUGAGAAUUCCGAAGUUCUGGCGCGACCGAGUACGACUAUGGUUCAUAAGUUUCGAAGCUGUCACCCACGAGCUGAAGAAAGGCCAGAAGGAGCUUGCCCAGAUGGUCGUCGCUCAACUUGAAAAACACGACAUUGAGCAAGUCGCUGAUCUCCUCUACCAUAUGCCUGACGAGAAGCCAUACGACGCCCUGAAAGCCCGUCUUAUCUCCGUCUACGAGGAAUCCGAAGAGCGCCAACUGCAACAGCUGCUUUCCGAAAUGGAAUUAGGCGAUCAGAAGCCUACUCACCUGCUAAGGAAAAUGAAAGAGCUGGCGCACAACAAGAUUUCCGACGACACACUGCGCAUGAUGUGGAUGAACCUCCUACCAUCCCAUGUCCGUUCCGUACUAGUUGUCAGUGACAGUUUCAGCAGCAAGUCGAAACUAGAUGAACUCGCACUCCUUGCCGACAAGAUGAUCGAACAUACACAUCAAGUUUCCUCAGUCGCAUGUCGACCACAGCCGCAGAAUCAAGAUCUAAUCGAAGAAAUUCGCAAGUUAACACUUGAAGUAGCCGAAUUAAAGCGAAAUCAAUCACGAUAUUCCCGUCCGCAAGCCCGCCGCAACCGCGACUCGUCGCAUAGUCCACCUCGCUCACACUCACGUGGAUCGUCUCGCUCGCACUCCGCAAGUUCGCCGCACUGA